GGAGGCUCAGGAAUUCCAGAGUCUUUGAACAAUAGACGCGCUGGGCGAAUAAAGGCUCUUCGCAUGGAUUUAUUUUAACAGUGAUCCGACUGGAAUGUCCGUCCAGGGCUAGGGACUAGAAACACGGAUUGCGGCCAACUUGGAGCUGGACUGGGUCCGAUCUACCAUAACAUGGAACAUGGGUAAUCCUGGAGAUCUGGUUACUGUGGCGACUAUGACCUGAUGGUAGGGUAGGAUGCAGGAUCUGAAAUUACAGUUGGAAUGGAAGAGAUUCUGUGGCAGGUUCUGGAGGAAAUGUAAACAGGAGCUGGAAGCAAAUCGGUACACUGUUACUGCACGAGCACUGCUCCGGAGCACAGAGAACUGGUACCACAGCUUAAAAUGUUGAAGACGUUGCACUGGCAAUUUCCUGCUUCCUCAGCUCCCUAUUUAUACCUUAAGCUAAGAUUCCAUUGGCUGCUGGAGCUAGAACCCCUCCCAGGAAGUGAGAAGGGCACUGAUGACACAGCUCCCAGCCUGCUUCACUCUGGAAUCCAGGAUCGGGGUCCACGGCUCCCCGCCGACCUGCCCACACACCUUGCCCAGCGCCAACAGCCCCCGACUGGAUUCCAGGUGCGUUAUAUAAAAAGAAUGAAUGGAUAUCCAAACACCAGUAUCAGUAUGCUGGGGAAUUCUACAAUGGGUCCAGAUGCUGAUUGCAUCGUUCAUGAAAAGUUUGAAUGGAUUUUUACCUACCAACCAAUUUACAUGUGGUUCAUUUUUAUCUUGGGCUUCAUAGAAAACCUGUUCGUCAUCUCAGUCUUUUUGCUUCAUAAAAACCGCUGCACGGUGCCGGAGAUCUACCUGGGGAACAUGGCGGCGGCUGACUUGAUCUUUGUCAGUGGGCUUCCCUUCUGGGCCAUCUACAUUUCCAACAAAUUCUACUGGCCAUUCGGCAGCUUUCUCUGCUUCGCGGUCAAUUCCCUGAUCCAGCUGAAUCUGUUCAGCAGCAUCUACUUCCUCAUGAUGGUCAGUAUAGACCGGUACUUGGCUUUCGUGAAGACCAUGUCCGUUGGCCGUCUGAGAAGAGCUGGAUGUGCCAAGGUGAACUGUGCAAUCAUCUGGGUCUUUGCCCUGGUAGUGAGUUUGCCCAAUGUCGUAUUCCGAAAAGUGCUAUUUCUUCCAAGUUUAAACACUACCGUCUGUGCUACCUUUCCACCCUCCGACGACUGGCACAUUGCCACAAAUAUCUUACUGAACCUUGUUGGCUUUUUGAUACCGGUCAUUGCCAUCACAUUCUGCACUGUCCAGAUUACAUACGUCCUGAGGAAUAAUACCAUGCAACACUUCAAGGAAGUGAAUAAUGAAAAAAAAGCCACCUGGCUGGUGGUGUCUGUGCUUUUGCUGUUUAUAGCAUGCUGGCUUCCCUUCCAUAUUUCUGCUUUCAUUGAUACGCUGGACCUAUUAAAGCUUUUCCCCAAAUGUGCUGUGACGGAAUUCAAUCACAUUUUUAACCAAAUUUCUACCUACAUUGCCUAUAGUAACAGUUGCAUUAAUCCACUCCUAUACGUCAUGGUUGGUAAUCAUUUUAGGAAGAAAACAAGAGAGGUCUACAGCCCCCUUCUACCUGAAAGGUACCGACCGAGGAAGUCGUCGGUCCAAAUGGACACUUCAGACACAACGCGGGUUUCCUUCUCUAUAGAAACUCCCAAGAAAAGAGUAAUUCCCUGAGGCCACCGACAGAUUGUCUAGUUGUAAUAUAUGUUAUAUUGUACAUGAAUUUCACUCCUCUAUAUUUAUAUUGCUGACUUAAAUUCAUCCAUCUCCUAAUGGAAGCAGCCAUGUUGUGGUCAACAAACAAGUUGUGAGUGCUUCAGCCUACAAAAUGUCUGUCUUCAUUGGGUGAAGAAAGAUGGCUGCCUACGGCCCAACCCUGCUGAUUAUAGGUUGCCAUACUGGACAAAUCCUUCUGCGUGUUCCUUGGGCUUAGCAUCCAGAAGACCCAGGGCCUGAAAGUGUACUUGGAAUAGCCUGCACAAGCCAGCAUCAUUCAUUGACUGGAUCAAUGUCAAGACAUUCGUUUAAGGGCUUUACACAUGGUAGCUUGCCAAUGCUGGUACCAAUAUGGUGGCCAGCUCCAGCUAUGUUUUACAUUAGCCUAUAGAGCUCUGAUUCAUUUCUUCAGUUUUUGCUUUGAAUUGUUUGUCCAUAUGUUUCCCUUCAGCUAUUUUCCAUUUGACCAGUUUUGCGACUUCGGAAAGGGUCGUAAUUGCAUGCCAAGAAUUGGUUUACUCUUCAGUAAUUAUUUAUCAGUGUUUUCAUGCCUAUUGGAACACUUACCAGCACCUGUGUGUGCCUUGUCCUUAUAGUGUCACACCAGGGAGUAUAUAACUUGCUGCACAGAGCAAGGAAGUGCCAUAACCCAUAGUAACCAGAUAGCAACUUUUUUCUGUAGUGAGGCUAAUGGAACGCAAUAGCCAACUGGCUGCUAUGGUUACAUCACAUUUUGUUUGCACCAUUUUAAUUGAUCAGACUUGACAAUGCAAUUGUGGUGUUGAAAAGGAGGCCACUCACCAUGCCACAUAUAAUUACCAGUGAGGUGGCUGAGGGUUGGAACCAGGCACCAUGGUCACUGUUACAGUAAUGGUAUCCCCAAGGGCUAAUGUAUCAACGAGUCUUAAAACUUGUUGUGAAUUAUAUAACUCAUUGGGGGAUAUUCAAUUGUUUGAAAAGUCAGUUGGGUGUCUGUUUUUUCCUAUCUAACAGACAGGACAAAACAGACACACCCAACCGACUUUUCAAACAAUUGAAUUCCACCCAUUGUGCAUGAUAAAUGGUGCUCCAACUGUCAUUUUUCAAACAUAUGACAGUUGGGAGCGGAUUGGCUGGAGCAUACGCAACAAGUUUUAACACUCGUUGAUAAAUAGGCCCCUAUAUAAUCUGAGCCACCUAUUAAAAUUAGGAAACCCGUCUCAUUGGCUUUAGCAACUCUAUAACCUUUGUAGUAAAAUCUCUGGGACAUUUUCCUUUAAAAUACUAUUCCUAUGCACUUAGUUACGUUUUACCCCUCAGUCUUCAAUAAUAAGUCAAUAUAUAAAGCUUAGAUGAUGGCUUCAGUGUUCAAAUUCCUUUGCCAAUCACUUUGCAAAGAAAUUGGGUUGAAACUUAUUGAUAACAGGUGCAAAGAAAUGAUUCAUUGUGCAUAACAGGUUUCUGUGUUUCACUGAUGUAUGUCUAUAAAAAUAAAGUCUAAAUAAACCCAACUUAUAAAGUA